GGAGGCGCCGGCGCGGGCCCCGGCCCCCGGCACGAACUCGCAGCUGAUCUCGUCCGGGCAGGCGCUGCCGAUGCGGAACCGCUCGUGACCGCGGUGAAAGAUGGACUCGAGCAGCCGCAGCUCCCGCCUCAGGAGCCGCCCGGCGGGGGCCGCCGCCACCUCGGCCCCGCUCCGCCCGGGCCCCCCCGCCGCCGCCUGCGCCCUCGCCGCCUCCUCCGGCCCCGCCCGCUGCAUCUUCCCAUGGAGGGACCCGCUCCGCCGCCGCCGCCGCCGCAGCCCCGGAGCCCGCCCAAGAUGGCGGCGGCACGGCCCCGCUCCCGGAAGUGCCGUCGCCGGAAUGGGCGGGGCCGCCCCGCCGAAAGCGUCUCGCGACAUCCCGGAAGUGACGCUCAGGAGCCUGGGCACAGACACGGAGGAGCGACUGGUUGAGUAUCUGCUGGACCCUGCCCGCUAUAACAAGCUGAUCCGGCCGGCGACCAAUGGCUCUGAGCUGGUGACCGUGCAGCUGAUGGUGUCGCUGGCGCAGCUCAUCAGCGUGCAUGAGCGGGAGCAGAUCAUGACCACGAACGUCUGGCUGACCCAGGAAUGGGAGGACUAUCGCCUCACGUGGAAGCCUGAGGACUUUGACAACAUGAAGAAGGUCCGCCUGCCCUCCAAGCACAUCUGGCUGCCUGAUGUGGUGCUCUACAACAACGCCGAUGGGAUGUACGAGGUCUCCUUUUACUCCAACGCUGUCAUCUCCUAUGAUGGCAGCAUCUUCUGGCUGCCGCCUGCCAUCUAUAAGAGUGCGUGCAAGAUCGAGGUGAAGCACUUCCCCUUUGACCAGCAGAACUGCACCAUGAAGUUCCGUUCCUGGACCUACGACCGCACCGAGAUUGACCUGGUGCUGAAGAGCGAGGUGGCCAGCCUGGAUGACUUCACACCCAGCGGCGAGUGGGACAUUGUGGCACUGCCAGGGCGGCGCAACGAGAACCCCGAUGACUCCACCUAUGUGGACAUCACGUACGACUUCAUCAUUCGGCGUAAGCCGCUCUUCUACACCAUCAACCUCAUCAUCCCCUGCAUCCUCAUCACCUCCCUGGCAAUCCUGGUGUUUUACCUCCCGUCUGACUGUGGCGAGAAGAUGACACUCUGCAUCUCUGUCCUGCUCGCCCUCACCGUCUUUCUCCUGCUCAUCUCCAAGAUCGUGCCACCCACCUCACUGGACGUACCCCUGGUGGGCAAGUAUCUUAUGUUCACCAUGGUGCUGGUGACCUUCUCCAUCGUCACCAGCGUCUGUGUCCUCAACGUGCACCACCGCUCGCCCACCACGCACACCAUGCCGCCCUGGGUCCGCACCCUCUUCCUGCACAAGCUCCCGGCGCUGCUCUUCAUGAAGCAGCCGCGGCAGAGCUGCGCGCGCCAGCGCCUGCGCCAGCGCCGGCACACCCAGGAGCGCGCCGCUGCCGCCGCCCUCUUCGUCCAGGCUGGCGCUCGCACCUGCACCUGCUAUGCCAACCCUGGUGCUGCCAAGGCUGAGGGGCUCAACGGCUACCGGGAGCGGCAGGGGCAGGCGGCCCCGGCAGCCGGCUGCAGCUGCGGGCUGGAGGAAGCGGUGGAUGGCGUGCGCUUCAUUGCCGACCACAUGCGCAGUGAGGAUGACGAUCAGAGCGUGAGCGAGGACUGGAAGUAUGUGGCCAUGGUCAUCGACCGCCUCUUCUUGUGGAUCUUCGUCUUCGUCUGUGUCUUUGGCACCAUUGGCAUGUUCCUGCAGCCCCUCUUCCAGAACUACACCACCAACUCCCUGCUGCAGCUUGGCCAGGGCACCCCCACCUCCAAAUAGCAUGGGGAAUGCUGGUCCCAGGGCCAGAGAGUGGGUACUGGGCUCAGGCAGCCCCUGCAAACCAAUAAAUACUCACAACAGGAGCGGG